UCCAACAUUAGAAAUUACAUUUGGUCCGGGCAUUUUCUCCCUAUAAAUAAAUAUCUGGGCAUCUCUAGAUUAUCAACUAGUUGCUUCAUAAAAAUGGAAUGCUAAUGUUAUAUAUAAUAUUAAAAUGUGAUAAGAUUUUGCUGACAUAUCUUUAUAUUUACACUAAAUACUUAAUUUGUCUUGAUAGUUGAACUCCCUGGAUACAGUGGCUUCAUAUGGACAUAACAUUAAGCUAGUGGCAAUGCCUGGCUGACUUAUCAAAAUUUAAAAGGUCCAUGUGGUUAUGAUAUUUAAAUUCUAUAAUGCCUCCUGCCAUGGCAGAUAUCCUGGACAUCUGGGCAAUAGAUUCACAUAUAGCAGCUGAUAGUUCAAUCACUGUGGAUUGCCUGCUUCCCACUGGAAUUUACAUCAGUCUAGAAGUUCCUCGUGAUGCCACUAUUUGUCAUAUCAAACAGCUAUUAUGGAAACAAGCACACAGCUACCCUCUAUUUCAUCUUCUUCUGGAGAUUGAUUCCUACAUGUUCUCCUGUGUGAACCAAACAGCCGUACGUGAGGAACUGGAAGAUGAAACCCGAAGACUCUGUGAUAUUAGACCAUUUCUUCCUGUUCUCCAGUUAAUUACAAGAAGCUGUGAUCCAGGAGAAAAGUUAGACUCUAAAAUAAGUGUUCUCAUAGGAAAAGGCCUCCAUGAAUUUGAUGCCCUACAAAACCCAGAAAUCAAAGAAUUUCGGCUCAAGAUGCGACAAAUUAGUGAAGAGAAAAUGCAGUCACUGAUGGGAUUAUCCACGAUGAAUUGGUUAAAGCACACAUACCCACCAGAAUUACAACCAGCAAUCCAGGACAACUUCCAGGAUAAACUUUAUGGUGGCAAUAUUGUUGUGGCUAUCCAUUAUGAAAACUGUCAGGAUGUAUUUAGUUUUCAAGUGUCUCCAAAUAUUAACCCUAUUAAGUUGAAUGAAUUGGCAAUUCGGAAAUGGUUGACUAUCCAUGGAAAAGAAGAUGAAGAAGUGGAUCCUUGUGAUUAUGUGUUACAAGUUAAUGGAAGAAUGGAAUAUGUUUUUGGGGAUCAUCCAUUAAUUCAAUUCCAGUAUAUCCAUUGUUGUGUAAUAAACAGAGCUCUUCCUCAGCUGACACUUAUUGAAUGCAGCACAAUUAAAGCAAUGUAUGAACAGGAAAUGAUCGCUAUCGAAGCAGCAGUAAAUCGAAAAUCAAACAAUCUUCCUCUUCCUCUACCACCCAAAAAAUCACGUUUGACUCAAAGUGUCUGGGAGAUUGGCCACCCUUUCAAAAUUUUGCUAGUAAAUGGUAGCAAAUUGAAUACAGAAGAAAUUGCCAAAGUUCAUAUCAGGGCUGGCCUCUUCCAUGGCAAUGAACUCCUUUGUAAACCUAUUGUAAGCUCCGAAAUAACAGGGAGAAAUGACCAUGUUUGGAAUGAACCCUUGGAAUUUGACAUCAACGUCUGUGAUUUGCCGAGAAUGGCUAGAUUGUGCUUUGUGGUUUAUGCUGUUAUGGAUAAAAUGAAAAAUAAAAAAUCAGCCAAGGCACUGAAUCCUUCCAAAUACCAGACCAUGAGGAAAGCUGGGAAAGUGCACUAUCCUGUGGCAUGGGUCAAUACUAUGGUAUUUGAUUUUAAAGGACAGUUGAAAACUGGAGAUCUUCUUUUGCACAGCUGGUCAUCAUUUCCUGAUGAACUUGAAGAAAUGUUGAAUCCAAUGGGAACGGUACAGACUAAUCCAUAUAUUGAAAAUGCAACAACUUUGCAAAUCAGAUUUCAAGAAUAUUCAAAAUGUCCUAUUUAUUACCCCCCUUUUGAUAAGAUACUUGAAAAAGCAGCCGAGAUUGCAAGGAACAGUGAUUGUUCUGGCAUGCCAGGUCGUGGUGGCAAAAAAUUCUACAUUGAGCUAAAGGAGAUCAUGGAAAGGGACCCCUUAUCUCAGCUGUGUGAAAAUGAAAUGGAUCUCAUUUGGACAUUACGAUUUGACUGUCGUGAAAAUUUUCCACAAUCCCUGCCAAAACUGUUGCUUUCUGUGAAAUGGAACAAGCUUGAAGAUGUUGCACAACUUCAGGCUCUUCUUCAGAUAUGGUCAAAACUGCCUCCCCGAGAAGCAUUAGAAUUACUAGAUUUCAAUUAUCCUGAUCAAUAUGUAAGAGAAUAUGCUGUGGCCUGUUUACGACAAAUGAGUGAUGAAGAACUUGCUCAGUAUCUCCUGCAGCUUGUGCAGGUCCUGAAAUAUGAAGCUUUUCUUGACUGUGCCCUCUCCAGAUUCCUAUUAGAGAAAGCCCUGGCAAACAGAAGGAUAGGACAAAUGUUGUUUUGGCAUUUAAGAUCAGAAAUGCAUAUUCCUGCAGUUUCUUUGCAGUUUGGAGUGAUAUUGGAAGCUUAUUGUCGUGGAAGCAUCACUCACAUGAAAGUUCUUUCCAAACAGGUUGAAGCACUGAAUAAGCUGAAGACUUUGAAUAGCAUAAUCAAGCUGAAUGCCAUGAAACAAAGCAAAGCUAAAGGGAAGGAUACAAUGCAUACCUGUUUAAAGCAAAACGCUUACAAAGAGGCUCUUUCUCAUCUCCAGUCCCCUCUAAAUCCGUCAGUCUUACUUUCAGAACUUUGUAUAGAGAAAUGUAAAUAUAUGGACUCAAAAAUGAAGCCUUUAUGGAUAGUAUACAGUAACAAAGCAUUUGGUGCUGACAUGGUGGGAAUCAUUUUUAAAAAUGGAGAUGAUCUACGACAAGACAUGUUAACUCUUCAGAUGUUACGUUUAAUGGAUUUACUUUGGAAAGAAGCUGGGCUAGAACUUCGAUUGUUGCCUUAUGGCUGUUUAGCAACUGGAGAUUAUUCUGGUUUAAUUGAGGUGGUUUCAGCUUCUGAAACAAUUGCAGACAUUCAACUCAACAGCAGUAAUGUUGCAGCAGCUGCUGCAUUCAACAAAGAUGCUCUGUUAAAUUGGCUUAAAGAAUACAAUACUGGAGAAGAUUUGGAUCAAGCUAUUGAGGCAUUCACUUUAUCUUGUGCUGGCUACUGUGUAGCUACUUAUGUCCUGGGUAUUGGAGACCGACACAGUGACAAUAUCAUGGUCAGAAAGAAUGGUCAGCUGUUUCAUAUAGAUUUUGGUCAUAUUCUUGGAAACUUCAAAUCCAAAUUUGGAAUUAAAAGAGAACGAGUCCCUUUCAUCCUUACAUAUGAUUUUAUUCAUGUCAUCCAGCAAGGAAAAACUGGAAACACGGAAAAAUUUGGUCGGUUCCGCCAAUGCUGUGAAGAAGCAUACUUGAUCCUGCGAAGACAUGGCAACCUAUUUAUCACUUUAUUUGCACUGAUGUUAACAGCUGGGCUUCCAGAGCUAACCUCUGUUAAAGACAUCCAAUAUCUAAAGGACUCUCUUGCCUUAGGAAAAAAUGAUGAUGAGGCAUUAAAACAGUUUAAGCAGAAAUUUGAUGAAGCACUCAGAGAAAGUUGGACUACAAAAGUGAACUGGAUGGCGCACACAGUUCGGAAGGAUUACAGAUCCUAAAUGGUGGAUGAAUUUGCACUAACCUUAGAAGUUAUCCUGACAAUAAAGCAUUAAAGGAGAACAAAAACCCUAACUAUUUUAAAAGACACCCAAGAAAAUUACCUAAAGAUUCCUGAUUGUUUGGCACUCUGCUUUGGGAAUGUUUCAACAAGAUUUUGCAGAGUCAGUAAUCGCUUCUGCUUACUUUGCACACUGAAAGUGACUACUAAAAUUUUAUAUUGUUUUGAUACAGUGUAAAUAUUUGGGAUUUUUAUUGCUUAGACUCGAACUCUGAUUAGAUAGAGAUUUUUUUUGAAGAACUGGUACUAAACUUCACUAGAGGUUUUUACGCCUUUAAUUUUGCUUCAAGUGAACUUUAAAUGCAUCAAUAUAUUUUUACUGGCAUAAACAUACAUUCUACAUACAGCAUUAUAAUAUUGCACAACUAAUAGCUGCUUAUUGGUUUCUACUGCUGCCAGAAAAGAGAACUCUAUACUGUACUUAAAAAUGGGAAAAUGUAAACAGAUUAUGCCUUUUAUUAUAUAUGUUGUAUAAUGUGUUCAGUGUAAUGUUUUAAAUUUUAUGUGGAGGAAUUAUAUUUAAAAGAUUUUUCAGCUCUUGGAAAAUUCUACAAAAUGGACUGCUGAAUCUCUUUUUAAAAAAUCCAUAGCAUCUGAAAUGUUGGAUAAUGUCAAUAAAAAGGAGUUAGCCUUUCAGUUUUCCAGUAAUAUCUGGAACAGACAGAUUGUCCACUCCCGUGUAAUAUAUGUAAGCAUAAAAACGAAUAAAUAUAAAACAAAAUCUCCUUACAAGGUUUAUAUAUAUGUCCCAAAAUCUGUGUUUGUUAAAACCUAGAGGUUUGAAGAAAAGUUCCAUUUUUAAAAGGAAUCUCAAAAUGAAGACAAAUCCACUAUGCUAUACUCAGUGACAAAACAUUAAAAAGGAAAAAACAGAUGAAUUAAAACAAACAAUUAUAUGAAUGAUUCUGAUUCUUUUGCACCUUGUUUGGGAAUGCUUCAGCAAGUUUUUGUAAAAUUAGUAUUCUAAUUCUGAUUAGAAUUCUGAUUAUAAUUAUUAUAACUGUCUGAUUCUGCAUGUUGUAAUAUUCUUUGUGAUAAAAGUAUUUUCCCAGGAUGUUUGUAUUCAGCCUUAAAAUGACUGUGAUUGAAAAACUGGACAUACUUUAAUUUAUGAAACGAGGUACCAUGUUUUAAGGCAGCAUGCCCUAACCUUUUGGGCACUAGGGACCGGUUCUGUGGAGAUACGUUUUUACACAGACCAGAGGGGGGCGUGAUUUCAUGUGCUGCCUACAUCCUGUGGAUGAGACAUCACUUGUUUGCGCAGCCCAGUUUCUGCCAUGUAACGGAUUGGUGCCAGUCCAUGGACUGGAGGUUGGGGACCCGUGCUUUAAGGUGCUUAAAAGAACAGUUCAAAUUAAAAGUGCAAUAGAAUAUUUUUGGUUUAAAGAUAUAACAUGAAAUAUUUGAAAAAAUGGCAAAAUGUAUUUGUAAUGGGCUCUUGCUUGCCAAAGAACCUAAUAGCUGUUAAUUUCUGUCAUGGGUGAGUGAACAUAUAAUCAAAACAGUGAUUUUUAAAUAGAAUUGCAUAAAGACUAUUAUAUUUUGUCAAAGACUUGUUUCAUUAAACAUUGUGAAUAAUGAAUGUA